AUGCUACGACACAUCCGGGACUUCCUGGGCGUGGUCUUUCAGAUCCGAGAGGCCAUCCGUGGCGCCCGGGACGGAGGCCCAGCAGAGGAUGGUGGAUCAGCCAGCAGAGGAGGUGUGCAGCUCGCAGCGAGCUUGAAUGGCAGAUGGGGGAGACUGAUUCGUUCAAGAGACUUCGAAAAACAUCGCAGCGUCCCAGAGCAGCAGAUCGGCUGCCAUCACCAUCAACAAUUUGUGGCAGACCAAGGUCACCUCACCAGCAAGACAUCGGGCGAGGAGGAGCUCGUGGCAAAGAUUCGGGAAAUGCCAUUGCCCACGGGCCCGCCGGAAGCAUUUGGGGCACGCUUUCGAUGCACUUGUUGUCAGCAGGAAGUCUUUGAGUCGCAGUUGGAGUAUCACGCCUCCUACUGCUUGCCGCCUGCGCGUGCGCCCCCGACUCUACCACGUAUUGCGGAGAGGAGGGAGAGUGACAGUCGUGGACGUCGCAGCUCCGAGGACCUGACACACAGAGGUUUGCAGCCCACGCCCUCGUGGGAAACUCAAAUUCACCUGGCGAAAGAGAUGCUCUUUGGACCAGAGGAGAGCCCAGCGCCCCUGGGGAAGCGUUGGUGGCGCUGGGAGGACAGCGAAAUUCAAGUCCACCAUGCGAAGGCAGAAGAGCGCUCUGCGCGAAAGCGGCAAGAGAUCUUGGAGGAAAAGAAGCGGCAGGAGGAGGAGCACUGCACCUUCACACCACGGCUCGUCGCGCGAAGGUCGCGGAGCUGUGGCCGUAUGGAGACUCAGGAGAUCUCCCCGAGAAGCGGUCGAUGGCAGGACUGGCUCGAUCAACAGCUGGAAAGCAAGAAAAGCAAGCUUGAGUCUGUGGAAUCAGAGAUGUACCAAGAUGUCACGCACCAUCCCUCCAUCACCCGCCUGGCUCAGACGGUGGGGCAAGCGCGGGAGGAAGCCGAUGCCCUCAAUGUGUUCGAGCGCUUGUACCAAGUGGCGAGAGACCGCUCGAGAGCAAGGAAACUGGCAGAGGCGUCGGCCAAUGCGGAGGCGACUCCGCCACCCUCCAAGGAGCCAUGGUCCCCCCUUAGGGUGGACGACCAGUGA